UCAUCAACUGAUAUCAAUCAGUCGUCGUUGGUGCUGUCAUCCACAAUGAAACAGACACCCAUCAACUCAAGUAUCUUGUGCAAUGACUAUGGUAGUAUCAGUUCGUUUGAAAGGACGAAUAUCAAUGGUCAGUUUAGUGUGGAUAAGCCAAGUGUAAAGGAGAGAGUUAUUGUUAAAUUGACUUGCACGAAUAAAGGCAUUUCUAGUUUCAAGUUACUAUUUGAAUGUUAUUAUCUUUGGUGUAAAUUACUCUGUUUCUAUACUUGGUUGAUGAGAUAUGUCGUGUGUUUGUUGGUCAUCUAUAUUCUACGAUACAAUGACAUGGGCGUGUUGCCGUUCAGAUUUGAGGAUAUAGCUGAUAGAAGGAAGUUAGCAAAUGAACUCUGCGACGAUUUUCCAACCUAGAGCGUCAACCUGAGAAGGGUUGUAGGCGUACUGCUGUAAGUCCUACAGUUCUUCAAAGGGUAGCGCAUCAAUGAGCAGUCCAAUGUGCUUGGUGUGUGAUUUUGUACAUAUGUUCAUAUUGUAU